GCUUUCCUUUGCCUCUGCGUCGAUCCGCUUUCCACCACAGGAGGAACUCCCCCCCCCUGCGUCGGCCAUCGCUCCCGCUGCCUCUGCUUCGCUCCUCGUUCCAAUAUGGCCGCCGCCCGUGUCGCCCUUCGCCGUAUCUGCGGUCUCGGGCCCUCGGUCCUCCUUCUACUCGCCGUCGCCUGCUCGCUGGUCUCUGCCCAGACAUGCAUCUCCUUGGCCAACUCCCAAGCCUGCCCCAACUUUGGAUCCAUCUCCAUCUCGGCAAGCUCGGGCCUGCCCAUCACCGACGUCAACUCCUUCGACAGCUACGUCUUUGCGGCCUCGUCCUCGCCGUCCACUCAGUCCAUCAUGGCCCCCUUGGGCUGCUCGGCGGCCAAUCUCGGCACCAUUCGAUACACCACCUCCUUCAUGUGUGCAUACAUCCUCGGCAACUCCAGCUUCACCAGCGGAUGCAACUCGCAGCCCUCCGCAAGAUACUGCACCGCCAACUGCACACAGUUCACCACGCUGCUGUCGGGAGACGUUGUCAACCAAUGCAUGGGCGGCACUGCGAAUAUCCAGGCACGAACCCAGACGCUUUCCGAUUUCUUCAACUUCUGCACCAGCCAAAGCAGCAUCGUCGCCUCCAGCAACUGCAACAGCAGCUUCGGCACAGAUGCGUUGUACUGCGGCUUUUCAACCUCCGGCUCCAGCACUGUCCCAUCGGCGGCUACCUCGUACUGCGCUCAGAAUCCGAGCGAUCCCUGCUGUUCGGCUCUGGGCUCUGGUGCCUCGUCGUGCUCUCUGCUCGGCAUAUCAUGUGGCAACAUCAUCGGCAUCGCCAUUGGCAUCGUCUUUGGCAUCGCAGCGGUUGCUGGAAUGCUGAUCGUCGCUCGCUCCCAGCCCCGCAAGGGUGUGUCGUUCUUCGACUCGGCCUAUCAGCCCGAGCCCAUCCAGCUGCACAACGCCGCCAACCCGGCCUCGCCAAAGGAGCGCAUUUUCCUUCGAGACAACACCGCCAUCACACAGAGCCAGACGGUACCUGGCAUCCCCCUGCAGGCCAUGAACCCUCAGAACCAGUCGCCUCAGCUGCACCAGCACUUGGCUGGCCUGACUCCCCAGGAACAACUGCAGUACCAGAUGAACAUGCAAAAACCCCAGCCCCCCAUCCCGGGAGCAACCAACCCAAGUGACCAUCUUCAGAGUCAACCUGGCUUCCCUGGUCAACCGGCCUUCCCUGGCUCGGCCCAACCUCGACCCUUCCAGCCCCAACAGUUCCAGUCACCCAACCAGCUGCAUUCCCAGCCCCAGCAGUUCCAGCCCCAGCUGGGAGGCACCCCUUCCAUCCAGGCGCAUCUGCCGCCAGUCGCAUUCCCACAGCAGCAGCAGCAGCAGCAGCAGCAGCAUCCAUCUCAGAGUGCCUUUGCUCAGCAGCAGCAGCAACAACAACAGCAGCAACAGCAACAACUGUACCAGCAGCAGUUCCAGCAACAACACUUCCAGCAACAGCAGCAGCAGCAGCAGCAGCCACAGCAAAGUCUCGGACAGGCUCCUCAGAACUUUGCCACUCCUCAAACUACCGCUUCCUUUGCGUCUCCCAAGACACCCAUGGGCGCCCGGCCGCUGCAGCCCGCGAACCCCGCCCAGUCUAUUCAGUCUCCUGCGGCUGCCCAGCAGUCUCAGCUUCGCUCUGCGCCUUCCGCUCUGAGCGCCAAGAGCUCACCACGCAGUGCCAGUGGCUCUCCAAAGUUCCAGGUCGGCAACGUCACCAAGUCCCCGGCAGCUUUGCCGAAAUGAGCAUCAGCAAUGUUGUCCCGCGCGAUGGCCAGGCCCGUCGCCCCUCACGGCUUGUGCGUUGGGUUAUAUCGACAAUGUUCCACGGCUCUGCGCGCUUGCGCCCGACCAUAUCACACCUUUCUUCUUCUUGUCACUCCUUUGUUCGGUAUUUUGAUGUCGAUCCUGUAGUUAGCCAAAGUCGACUUUAGCGCUCGCUCUGGCCAAGGGAGAACUACCGGUCGCCCGUCAAGUAUAUCCGAUUCAUAUCUCUACCAAAGCCGACGGGCCUGUCUCGCUGUUCUCCACUCACUCGUUUCCCCCCCCUUUGCAUUCGCCCCGUCCUUCGCCUUCCCAAUAAUCACUGGUCUGACCCUUGCGGCCUGCUUUCUCCUCAGUUUCUCGAUUUGUGGCUCCCUCCUAUGACACACACAGCGGAACUGGCAUGUCGGCCAAAUACA